AUGGCAACAGCAGAGACUGCCAUCGUCAUUGACGUCGAAAGUGAGGACGAAAAUAGCAAACAUGACUUGCAUAAUAGUGUUGGCGAUGAUAAUGAUGCGGGCGAUGCGGUGACAGAGGUAACGAAGGUUGCUCCUUGCCACAACCAAAAUGAUGAACAAGAAGAGAAAGUUCAAUUGCUUGUUCAAAUUAUUCGGCUUUCACGGGAUGCUGCAUUGGGAGUAUUGAAGAGGACAGAUUGGAAUGUCGAGCAAGCCAUAGCAAGAAUACUGGAUGGCACAAGACCAAACCAUGCGAUUGCUUGGACGUCGUCAUGUUCGUCAACCAAACAAACAACAGGAGCAACAACGACAUCAGCUACCUCCACAAAUUUGAAACUUCCAUGCAGAGAUAACUACAUUCAACAAAACUCGGCAAAUGUUCUACACAACCCUUCUUGUGAUGAGCUGUCCAAAGAGUGGCAUUCGUGCUACGAAAAUGCCCCCACUCCGUUUGUGGACCCCGACUUUCCUCCGACACGAUCAUCACUGGAUGGCAGGAGCAUGAUUACGGCACCUACAGCUUCAGCUUCAGGGGACUCCAAACUGCCAUCUCAGCGUAAGGUUGUCAAGUGUUACUGUGGUAUUCUAGCGGCUUCGAAAAAGGUCCAAUCUGACGGUCCCAACUACGGCAAAUUCUACCUUGCUUGUGGACGAUCCAACCAACGAAAGAGACCUCACAAUUCUAACAAUAACGAUGCAAGCGCUGCCGAAAAUACUGAAGCUACCAAUAAAACAUGCAAGUUUUUUCAGUGGGAUAAGGACGGUAGUGUAGGAGGGUAUCAUUCUAGCAAUCAUCGGUGGUCUCAGAUCUCAUGGCAUCCGUUUAUCGGUUCAAGCUUUGUCAUUGCUAAGACUCUGGCGUCGUCCACUGACCGCCGACGGGCACAUUUGUCAUCCAGAGAGAGUAACGAAAGAAGGCAUAGGAUAUUGGAUAUGGGACCGGAUCAUAUACGGCAGGGUGCCUUGGGAAACUGUUGGUUCUUAUCCGCACUGGCCGUGGUUGCGGAACAGCCGAAUUUACUGCAGAGGGUGUUCGCUCAUAGCGAAACCAAUGAGAAAGGAUGCUAUCAAGUUAAUUUGUGUCUGGACGGCAAAUGGACUCCGACCAUGGUGGAUGCCUACCUUCCUGUGGUGAAAACGUCCAAUAGGGAACAAGAUGGAAAAAAGAAGGCCAACACGACUGGUCAUGCAAAAAUUGAUUUUCGAGGCGUUGCGCUUUUGAAAAGCAGUGAUUCUGGUAUGGCCUUUCCAGCCUUUUGUGCUGUUCCAAGAGGAAUAUUAUGGCCAGCACUCAUUGAAAAGGCAUAUGCAAAAGCUCAUGGUUCGUAUGCGAAUCUUUCUGGUGGAUUCAUCGCAGAAGGUCUCGCCGAUUUGACUGGGGCUCCGACGGAAACCGUCGUUUUCGAGAUGGAGCAGUUACUGGACCCAACUGGUGACGAGUUGUGGGUGAAGAUGUUGUCGUUUUCUGACGCCGGGUUUAUAAUGGGAGUUGCUACAAAUCGAGGGGGAGAUGGGCUGGUUGGUUGCCAUGCCUAUAGCGUGCUAAAAGUUUUGGAACUGCAUGGCCGAGUUGUGGGGGCACAACCGAAAUUGACAAGUUUCUUCUCUGGGAAUAGUAAGGGCUCUAAGACACCCAGUGAUACAUCCAAACCAAACAAAGAGACGAUGGAUCUUACGGAAACUUCGGCUGGCGAUGAAGCUGGAAGCGACCAAAGGCAAUCGGUCCGACUUGUGCGGAUUCGGAAUCCUUGGGGAAAGAAAGAGUGGACUGGUGCCUUCAGCAGUCGCAGUGAAAACUGGACGAAGCGCUUGCGGAAAGAAUUGGGUCAAGAGGCUUGGUCUGAGAAUGAUGGGACAUUUUGGAUGCCAUAUCACGAUGUUGUGAGCCGAUUUCAUCACAUGGAUGUCUGCAAAACAAGAGUGGGAUGGCUGCAUCGAUCCGUUGAUGCAGUUUUGUGCAACGAUGCCAUAUCGUCAGCAAGUACAUCGAGAAAGAUAUUGUCCACAUCCAGCAGUGUAUUCCAGUUAUCUUCCGCGAAACCAACAUGGGCCUUCUUUUCACUAAUUCAGCCAAAGAAGCGAGCCAACAUAGGCACAGGUUAUUGGUAUAGUGACCUAUCAAUGUUUUUAUUGAAGCGGUCAAAGGGAUCUACCAAAGGAUGGCGUUGUGAAGCUAUCUCUCUUGAUGGCGUAACCAGACGGUUGGACAAGGAGAUCUUUCUCGAUCCCUCGUUGGAGUACUGCGUCAUUCCGUUUGCAGGGAUGCCAGUAGUAGCCGCAUCCUCCCGAUUCCCCUACCGAUUGACAGUAUACAGUUCUCAUCCUGUUCAUAUUCAGACACAAUGCAACGAUGCUUUGUAUCGCCCAAUCAUUUUGAAGGGGUUACACAACGACCUGCUGAAGGAUCCAUUGAACGCUACUCAUAUGGUCUCCGCAAAUGCUCACUUGAUAUGCGCGAAAAAGAGAGGUUGCCUUUACUUUCUUGCGGUCAACAACUCAAAGAACUCCUUUCUAUGUUUGCUGCUGAACGUAAAUAUUGGGAAUGGAACGAUCAUACUAUUCGGCAAGAAUGGCGACACCCAUGAUGUCGCCCCAGAGAGUCAAAAGAUACUUCUUGUUGUAGCCUCCAAUGGAAAGCGUUCCACAACAACAGAAGUGAAGUUCAAAUACAUUAGUGAUGAAAUUCAGCAGGGCACUAAACGCAAUGCAGUUACAAGGCCCAGUAGCGAAGUUGGUCUUGGAAGUACUGUUGAUGUUUCAUUUUUUGGAUCGAGCUUGGCAAGCGACAGCAUUAGUUGCUUCUCGAAUAAAGGGGAGGGCUCUGUUGACGUCUAUUCUUGGAUUCACCAGGUUGGGUCCAUGACAGCUAGUUAA